CCCAUAAUCAAAACCCCUCUUCACUCCCCUCCUUCUACACAUUUCAUCAAACAGUUUCUUCCAAAUUCUUCGAUCCCAAAUCUCAAAAAUCCCCUCUUCCACUUCACCCAAUCACUUCACUCUCUCCCACUCCUGGAACCAAUCGCACUCACAGACGCCGUCACUUCGCAGAAAUGGGAGACGUGGCUGAUAAAUUGGCGUAUUUCCAAGCAAUCACGGGUUUAGAAGACGCCGAUUUGUGCACCGAGAUUCUCUCCGCUCACAAUUGGGACCUCGAAUCGGCCAUCUCCUCAAUCACCGCCCCCGACGGCAGCCGCCCCUCCUCCACCGACGCCUCCGCCGCCCCUACCACCGCUAAUCCGGAUGAUCGGGAUGGAGGUCUUGUUCUGGCCCCCAACGGCGGUAAUCAGCCCCCUGGUUUAGCUUGGAAAGUCGUCACGCUUCCCUUCUCCAUCAUCUCCGGUAGCCUAGGGUUAAUUUCUGGUGCGAUUGGGUUCGGUCUGUGGGCGGCGGGAGGGGUUUUGUCCUACUCUCUCGGGAUGGUUGGGCUGGGUGGUACGUCGCGCGGUGGAACGACGCCGUUGGUGACAAUUUCGCCGGCGGUUUCUGAGGCGAUGGAUUUUGUGGCUAGCUUUGAGCUGGAUUUUGGGAGGGUGAGGCCGCAUUUUGUGACUGAGGGUUUCAUGGACGCGCUGCAGAGGUCUCGCCAUGAGUAUAAGCUGUUGUUUGUUUACUUGCACUCGCCGGAGCAUCCCGAUACGCCGGCGUUUUGUGAAGGCACUCUGUGCAAUGAGAUGCUGGCGGCGUUUUUGAAUGAGAAUUUUGUGUCGUGGGGUGGGAGUGUGAAGGCCAGUGAAGGGUUUAAGAUGAGUAAUAGUCUGAAGGCGUCGAGAUACCCUUUCUGUGCUGUGGUUAUGGCUGCUACUAACCAGAGGAUUGCAUUGCUGCAGCAGGUUGAGGGACCAAAAUCCCCUGAAGAAUUGUUAACAAUAUUGCAGAGGGUGCUUGAAGAAAGCGCUCCUGUGCUUGUCUCAGCAAGGGUAGAAGCUGAAGAAAGAAGAACCAAUAUUCGUCUUAGAGAGGAACAGGAUGCUGCUUAUCAGGCAGCACUUGAGGCCGAUCAAGCCCGUGAGCGUCAGAGGAAAGAAGAGGAGGAGCGACUGGAACGUGAAGCUGCUGAAGCUGAGAGGAAAAGGAAGGAAGAGGAGGAGGCUCGUGAAAGAGCAGCACGAGAAGCUGCUGAGAGAGAAGCCGAAUUAGCUAAGAUGCGCGAGGCAAAAGCUUUAGCACUGGGUCCAGAACCUGAGAAAGGACCUGAUGUUACUCAAGUGUUGGUGCGUUUUCCAUCUGGAGAUCGCAAGGGGAGGAGGUUUCACUGCACAGCAACAAUACAAUCUUUAUACGACUAUGUCGACUCCUUAGGGUGCUUGGAUGUCAACGGCUACACCCUGGUCUCCAACUUCCCCCGCACUGUUUAUGGCGAAGACAAGCUAUCUUCGUCACUGAAAGAAGCAGGAUUGCAUCCGCAGGCCAGCCUCUUCGUGGAGAUCAAAUAACUAUCCAUGGAUGAUGAACCCACAUUGACUGGCAUUUGGAUGAUACAUUUUUGUGGCUGUGACUAUAUUGGCAUUCACAUGGGAAAAACUGGAUCAAAUAAGUGUCCAGUCGUCGUAUAUAGUGUUUUCAAAAAAUAGAUGCUGCAGUUUCUUUCAUAAGUUGUUAGGUCAGUUUAUGAGAUUCUCAGACAUUGAAAAUUCAUUUUGGCUGAUAUGUGUAUCUUCAUGUAUUCAAGGAUUUGUAUCUGCAGCACUUACCUUUACCCUUUUAUUGUUCAGUUUUAUCGGUGAUUUGAAAACUA